CACAGCCAGUCCCUACUACAGUGUAGUCUCUCCUCGUAGGAGGGAGACUGACGGCUUCUUCCUUUUCUCCUCCUCCUCCUCCUCCUCCUCCUCCUUCUCCUCCUCCACGGCUUCUUCCUUCUUUCUUCCUCCUUCUGCCGGAUUCCCUCCCUUAUCUACCUGAGCCUAUCCACCAGGCUACUGGGUACAUUACCUACCUACCUACCUUACACCACCGGGACACGCUCUUUCCUUGUGUUGCCUGCCUGCCUGCCUGCCUGCCUAUCUACCUUACCUACCUUACCUACCUGCCUCGCCUAUUGCUCUGGUCUGACGCCGGCGGCAUUAGCGGUAUUGGCGUGCGGCUCUGGAAACACCCAUCCACUCAUCCACACUCCGCACAUUCAACUGCCUACCUGUACCAACCUACCAACCUCUCCUCCACACCUACUCCAUUUUGCCGCAUGUCUACCCUCUCUACUGCCACCUCACCCCGACUUGCUGGACAAGAACUACUACCACGCUGUUGACCGACAGUAUAAUACCAUCGCCACCCACCCCUGUCGCCUCCCUCCGCUCCGCCUCCGCUCCCCUGAACAGAUCUCCGUCGCGCCCGCGCGCCUCCUACUACACCUCGACGACACCGAUAUCCUCCCUUCCGCCUGCCGAUUCGAAACCACCCCCCAUUGCAACUGCCCUCUGCAUGCCCUCAGAACGCGCGCAGUAGGCUGGAGAAGGAGCGGUAUUGUUACGCGGCUCCUCGCCUGCUGCUGCUGUUGCUCUCGCGCUCCCACAGAUACCACCUGGUGAUAUGAAGAAGAUGCACAACAUGCUCCCCUUCCGAGGCUUCUGCUUCCGGGCUGCCGUUCUAGCUCUGGCCAUGACAGCCCAGGUCGAUGGCCUGGUGCAGCAAUACUGCUCGAGCCAGAAUACUGGCUCGAGCUUCGGUGUCGUGACCAAUAUAUACCAGUCCAACGGGGCCUGCCAUGAUACGUGCUCAGCCGAGUACGCAUUCGCCGUCGUUCAGUACCAGUCAUGCUGGUGUACGAAUAUCGCCCCGGGCACUACCACAUCAGUAGGCAAUUGCAACGAGGACUGCCCUGGAUACCCAGCCGAGAAGUGUGGCAACUCGGACUCUGGCCUUUUUGGAUACAUUGCCCUCAACAACAGCCCGUCUGGGACAGCAGGCGGUUCGUCCAGCAGCACACCGCCCCCCACAUCAACACGGCAGUCAACACCAACAACAGCACCACCACCAUCAACACAAGAACCAGAGACGAGUUAUGUGAGUAUAACAGUAACACAGAGCGCCGUCUUGAUAUCAACCGUACUUCCUCCUCCUCCUCCGCCUCCUCCGCCCAGUAGUUCGCCAGAGGAGAGUAUGCCGCCGAGCAGUACGACAACUACAUCUUCACAAUCGAGCACGACACCAUCAUCGCCCAGCUCGAGUACAACCGAAUCGACGACCGAAUCGACUGUCGAACCGGUCACGAGCGUGAUAAUGACCACCAUCUCGGGCGCCGUCGUGACACAGACCGUCACCAGCACGCCCCUGCCUGCACCGCAAUCCAAUGAGAGCGCCCAGCAACCAUUGGACAGAGACGAUGGCAUGUCCGGAGGCGCCAUUGCCGGGGUCGUGAUCGGAGUCUUGGCAGCGCUCGCUGCUAUCGCCGCUGCAGCUUUCUUGCUCUGGCGGAGACGGAAGGCUUCCGAACAGAGUGAGGCUGGAGGACCACCAACAUCUGCGGGCAGCAGCCGUCUGGGUCGCAACGUGAGCGUGCUUAGUAAGGCUGGGCUCCUCACAGGUACUCGCCCGAGCAUGGGUGAGGCUCGAGACGAUUACUAUGCGUCGCAACCUGCGGGACAGACCAGCGUCAGACAUUCCAUGAUGUUUGGGUCUGGUAUGGCCCAUGGCGUAGAUCCUGCGAGUCCGCUCGGUAGUAGCCACGGCAGCGACCAGACGCGGCGGAUGAGUAAACCCAUGGUGUACGAUCAGCGUCUGAAUCCAUCGGCACUCUUUGCAAACGCAGAAGCCAAUGGAAGUCGAAUAUCCAUGCAAGACCAGCAGGACUACAGUCGACCGUUGGGAGUCAUGAACCCCGACCCGCGCCCGAGCUUCGAGUCGAGGAUCAGUAAGGCCUGAUAGAGCUUGCAUGGGACCGGACCACGACGACCACGUUAUUAUUUUUCCUUCCAAAUAUCGAUUUACAUGAUGAAUGCACAUAGCGAAGGCGUUUGGGAAACAGAAGCGGAGAUGUGUGUUCAUCUGCUCGCGCAUGGUUCAGUUCUGAACGGUAUCGCAGUCUGUAUGGACUGCCACAUACCACUUUACAAUUUGUUGGAAGCACAAGAUUUGCACUCAUUUUGACGAAUGGCAAGAGGAAAGAAGCAAAGAGAAGGAGAGAGAGACCAUUGUUGGAAUCGUCAGGCACAUACAGCGUACCCCAGACAUCAGAGGGGGAAGGAAUGAAAAGAAAUGGAGGCUGACCACUAUUGGGACGCUACGUAAUUAUGUUUGUAUUCGUAUGGACAUGAUAAUAACUAGAAAUUCGACCAG